UGCUGCUUCCAUUUAGCCCCGCUUUCACACCAGUUUAUUGAGUUCCUUCUCAUUCCAUGUUAUGGUCAUCUCUUCCUCUACAAAAGCAGAGCUUACCCUCACAUUUCCUCAACCUUCUAUUACUAGGAAAGGCCAAAAAAUUAAGAGCAGCACUCUUGCAAAUGUAAUUUAGAAAUCAUUCCUUACAUAACAUCGCAAUGUUAUUUAUUUGGUUCUUCUUGUUCUCCUACAUGACUACAAUUUCCACUUCAGUAGACACUUUAGCAGUGAGUCAAUCCAUCCAAGAUGGUACAGCAGGAGGAAUUACUGAACUGGGUUUCUUUAGCCCAGGCUCAGAAAAUUCAACAAGGCGAUACUUGGGUAUAUGGUACACAAACGUAUCCCCUUUAACAGUGGUGUGGGUGGCCAACAGAAAUAACCCUCUUGAGAAUAACUCAGGAGUUCUCAAACUCAACCAAAAAGGGAUUCUUGUGCUUCUCAAUGCUACAAACACCACCAUUUGGUCAUCCAACAUAUCAAGCAAAGCAGUGAACAAUCCAAUUGCUUAUCUUUUGGAUUCGGGAAAUCUUGUAGUCAAAAGUGGACAGGGAACCAACAAGGACAUGGUCUUGUGGCAAAGUUUUGAUUAUCCGGGUGAUACAUGGAUGCCUGAAAUGAAAAUUGGAUGGAACUUAGAGACUGGUCAAGAAAGAUAUUUAUCAUCUUGGAAAAGUGCUAACGAUCCUGCUGAGGGAGAAUAUGCUCUAAAACUUGACCUUAGAGGAUUGCCUCAAAUGAUUAUAUUCAAGGGACAUGACAUAUAUAAGAGAUUAGGAUCAUGGAAUGGUGUUUCUCUAGUUGCAGAUCCAGUUCAAGAUUUUGAAACGUCACCAAAAUUUGUGGCUAAUGGAAAAGAAGUGUAUAAUUAUUACCAGGUUCAUGAUAGCUCGGUCUUCUUUGUAUACACCCUGACCCCAUCAGGCACAGGGCAGAGUUCAUCUUGGACAACUCAAACAAGCACUCGGAAUUUCGUCUCCACUGGGGAGCAUGAUCAAUGCGAGAAUUAUGCUUUUUGUGGCACAAAUUCUAUUUGCAAUUAUGAUGGUAACCGUCCAACUUGUGAAUGCCUGAGAAGUUAUGUUCCAAAGUCUCCUGAUCAGUGGAAAAUAUCAAUUUGGCGCAAUGGCUGUGUUCCAAGGAAUAAAUCUACUUGCAAUAACAGUUACACAGAUGGCUUCUUCAAGUACACAAACUUGAAAUUGCCAGACACAUCUUCAUCAUGGUUUAAUAUAACCAUUAACCUGGAUGAAUGUCGCGAGUUAUGUCUUAAAAACUGUUCUUGUACAGCAUAUGCCAAUUUAGAUAUCCGUGAUGGAGGAAGGGGCUGUCUACUUUGGUUUAAUACUCUAGUUGACAUGAGAAAAUUCUCUCAAUGGGGUCAAGACUUGUAUGUCAGAGUCCCUGCUUCAGAAUUAGAUCAUGCUGGCCACGGAAACAACAAAAAGAAGAUAGUAGGAAUCAUUGUUGGUGUGACUAGUUUUGGAUUAAUUGCCACAUGUUUAUGCAUAUUUAUAAUUAAAAAUCCAGGGGCUGCAAGAAAAUUUUACAACCAGCAUUACAAAAGUAUACUUAGAAUGGAAGACUCGGAUUUGCCAACUUUUAAUUUGUCAGUCAUAGCUAAGGCCACCGGAAACUUUUCAACUGAAAACAAGGUUGGAGAAGGUGGCUUUGGACCAGUACACAAGGGAACACUGAUCGAUGGGAAAGAGAUAGCUGUGAAAAGGCUCUCAAAGAACUCUGGACAAGGGUUGUAUGAGUUCAAAAAUGAAGUGGCAUUGAUUGCCAAACUUCAGCACCGUAAUCUGGUUAAACUUCUGGGUUGCUGCAUUGAAGGAGAAGAAAAAAUGUUGAUUUAUGAGUACAUGUCCAACCACAGCUUGGACUACUUUAUUUUUGAUGAAACCAAAAGAAAGUUCCUAGAUUGGAGUAAACGUUUCAAUAUUAUUAGUGGCAUUGCUCGAGGACUUCUAUAUCUUCAUCAAGACUCUACGUUGCGGAUUAUUCAUAGAGAUCUUAAAACUAGCAAUAUUUUACUAGAUGCAAAUUUGGAUCCUAAAAUAUCAGACUUUGGCUUGGCUCGAUUACUGUUGGGAGAUCAAGUUGAGGCAAACACAACUAGGGUGGCUGGAACAUAUGGUUACAUACCUCCUGAGUAUGCUUCCCGUGGACAUUUCUCAGUGAAAUCAGAUGUGUUUAGUUACGGUGUGAUAGUACUAGAGAUUGUAAGUGGGAAGAAAAACAGAGAAUUUUUGAACCUAGAACACGACAAUAAUCUUCUUGGACAUGCAUGGAGAUUUUGGACUGAAGAGAAGGCCCUAGAAUUAUUGGAUGAGGUGUUAACAGAACAGUGCACGCCCUCAGAGGUCAUACGAUGCAUACAGAUAGGUCUAUUAUGCGUGCAACAAAGGCCAGAAGAUAGGCCAGACAUGUCAUCAGUGGUUUUAAUGUUGAAAUGUGAUCAAUCAUUGCCAAAACCUAAGGUUCCUGGUUUUUACACUGAAAUAGAUAUUACAACAGGUGCAAGUCCUUCAUCGACAAAUCACAGACCGUACUCGAUUAAUGAACUUUCCAUCACAAUGUUAGAAGCAAGAUAGAAAUUGGAAGCAAGAAAAUGUUUAGGGUUCACCUUCCAAUAUUGGAUAUAUGGGCUAUUUGAUCAUACAUGAUUAGUCAAAUUUCUAUUUGAGCUCUUGCUUUAUCUUUGUUUAAUAUGUAACCAAACAAAUGUGAGAGGCAAAGUCUGUUUGAUAAGUUUAGAAGUGUUUUUGAGAUUUUUUCUACUAAAAAUAACUUUAUUUUUGGUAGAAAGACUCUCAAAAUCACUUCAAUCUUGUAUCCAAACAGGUUCAAAGAAAAAGUUUUAUAAUGAGUUUGAUUUAA